GGCCGCCUGAUUGCAGUUCGGCCAUUGCCGCGUCAACCCAGGCGGAGCGCCAGAAGCAAAGCUGUGAGGUUGGAGGGCGCGGGUACCCCUCGUCCGGGCCAUGUCUAGCUGUCACGCUCCGGAGGGAGACUGUUGCUCACUGCAGUGUCGCGCGCAGGACAAGGAACAUCCAAAAUACCUGAUCCCAGAGCUCUGCAAACAGUUUUACCAUUUGGGCUGGGUCACUGGGACUGGAGGAGGAAUCAGCUUGAAGCACGGCAAUGAAAUCUACAUUGCUCCUUCAGGAGUGCAAAAGGAACGCAUUCAGCCUGAAGACAUGUUUGUUUGUGACAUCAAUGAAAAGGACAUAAGUGGACCUCCACCAUAUAAGAAUCUUAAAAAAAGCCAGUGUACUCCUCUUUUCAUGAAUGCUUACACAAUGAGAGGAGCAGGUGCUGUGAUUCAUACCCACUCUAAAGCUGCUGUCAUGGCCACCCUUCUUUUCCCAGGAAGGGAGUUUAAAAUUACACAUCAAGAGAUGAUCAAAGGAAUAAAGAAAUGUAUCUCAGGAGGGUAUUACAGAUAUGAUGAUAUGUUAGUAGUACCCAUUAUUGAGAAUACACCUGAGGAGAAAGACCUCGAAGAGCGAAUGGCCCGAGCAAUGAAUGAUUACCCAGACUCCUGUGCAGUACUAGUCAGACGGCAUGGAGUCUAUGUCUGGGGAGAGACGUGGGAGAAGGCUAAAAGCAUGUGUGAGUGUUAUGACUAUUUAUUUGAUGUUGCCGUAUCAAUGAAGAAGGUAGGACUGGAUCCUACACAGCUUCCCGUUGGAGAAAAUGGAAUUGUAUAAGCCAAGUGGAAGUUUAUUAUACGUAGAGACAAAGCUCAUCUUAAUUAUUACUUAAAUGACUCAGGUAUUUUUUUUAAUGAAUUGAAAAUUUCCAUGAAGCUAUUGAUUUGUCACUAAAUGCUGCAGAUCUUCUGACAACUGGAUGAUAUUUGCUUAUAUUCUUGUUUUUUUUGGUUUGUUUUUUUUUUUUUUUUUGCGGUACGUGGGCCUCUUACUGUUGUGGCCUCUCCCGUUGUGGAGCACAGGCUCCGGACACGCAGGCUCAGCGGCCAUGGCUCACAGGCCCAGCCGCUCUGCGGCAUGUGGGAUCUUCCCGGGCCGGGGCAUGAACCCGUGUCCCCUGCAUCGGCAGGUGGACUCCCAACCACUGCGCCACCAGGGAAGCCCUAUUCUUGUAUUUUAAAUGGCAAUACAAUGGAAUAAAAAUUUUAUAGUGAAUGUUUUUUGUGUUUAUUUCUAAACCCCUUAACAGCAAAAUAUUUUCCUUUAAUUUUUUUUUAUAUAUACUCCCAGAGAAUUCCUAUUACUCUUUAAAGUUGUUAGGAUAAUAGAAUUCAUUGGAAAAUGUCUACUUAAUUACAGAAUGAGCAUUUUCUUAUUUUAAUAUUGAUAUCAUAAAUUUAUAUGAAAAGUCAAGGACAUAUAUAUCCCUCAAUGUUGAUGUCAAAACAAUUUUAUAGAUUUCCCCUAUAUGCUGUAGUGCUUGCCUAUAUUGUAACCCAGGGCACUCAUCUUAUAUUGGGAUCUGUUGUAAAAUUCAAAUCAAGUGAUAUUAACUCAAACUCUCCUAGCCAAAUAAACUGUGACCAACCCAGAGAUGUAAUCAGAAAGUGUUUUUUUUUAAUGUAGCCAAAAGCAACACCAUCUUGAUCUUAAGGUUUUAUUUGGUUAAUGCUUUUAUUUAAUUGGGAGAGAAACUAAUACACCAUCUUCUAAAUUAUAACCUCAUACACCCCCCUCUCGGUUUAUUGUCUUGAACCAUUUGAGUUCAUUUACCCCAGUUCUUUCACUCCAGCAAGUCUUUAACCUCAUCCAGACUUCCAGUCCCUUGAUCUUACCAUUUGUCAUUGUCCAUGACUCCUUUCAUAUCCUUGCUUCCUUCCUUAUGAAGCAUAGAUGAUGGCCCAGCAUUUUCACCACUUUAUUGGAAACAUCCUAACCCCCUUGUAUCUUACCCCCCUGCAUCAUACUCACCUGGCAAAACCCACAGUCCUUGUGAGCCAGUUACUUGGCACCUGUACCAAAGCAGCCAGGCCUGAUGGGAAAAAGUACACAACUAUGUUGACUGAUCUCACUUCAGAUUUAUGACCACACCUCUCAGGUGGGCACUCCAUGCUGUCAAACAAACCUACUACACUUCCCUAGUUAGUUCGUUUUCCCUACCUGGUGACCAUUUCUCCUCACAGCUAUUUAUCUGACAUCAAAUACCCAAUCUUCCUCCCCCACAUCGCUUCUCAGAUGGUAACCUCCUCAUACUUUCAGAGAUAAGUAGAUUCAUUCCCAAGAACUAACAAAUCUUCCCAUUUCACGUUUCCAUCAACCUUCCUGCCUUCAGCUUUCUUUGCCUCUUUCCUUCUGCCGAAUUCUAAGUUCGUUCUUCCACUUAUGCCUUGGAUCCAAUGUCUGCUGACCUUCUCAAGGGCUUUGCUUUCUGCAAAGAUCCCCACAUUUAUCCCAUUUCUUUCUUGCAUUGUUAAUUUUUUACCCUCUUCCACUGGUAUAAAAACAUGCUGUAAUACUUUUCACGUUAAAAUACACACAGAAACCUUGCCUUCAACCACCCUUCAGCUAACUCCAGCGCCUUUAGAGCAACGCUUUUUGAAAUAGUGAUCUGCUUUUCUGUCAACUUCUGUUCUCUCCCUUGCUCCUUGACCCGCUCCGAUCCAGCGGCAUCACAGCCACUGAAACUGCUUUACCACGAAUAAGAAAUCCCCCGUAUCCUUAUCCUUUUGAAUGCUUCCUUUGCUUCCUUUGCUCUGAGUGAAUCCUGUCUCUCCCCUGGGGAUACAGUUUCCCCUGAAGCUGUCAGUGGUGGUUGUUUUCACUUCCUCUCUUACCCCUGGCAGUGAGGUGAGUGAAUUCCUUGGACUCUAAAUGUCUUUCCCCUCCUCCUUGUUCCAUUGUACUCAGCAAACCGCCAGUCACAGAUGAUUCCAGCUCUCUUCUGACUCCAAACCCAUACCUGUGCACCUUAAUAUGGAUGAAGGGAAACAACCACGUCAAGGUCAAGUGGGCCUUUAAUGCUGCUGGUGAAUUUUACUUUGUUACCCCGGUUUCUUCAUUCCCCUCCUCCCCUCGACAACUGUGUCUCUCUUCAAACUUCAGACACCUCCCUGCAUACUCCCGCUUGGCUGAUGACCUUGACUGCUAUGUCACUGAAAAAAAUAGAAACCACCAAGAAAGAACUUGCCUCCUCUUCUGCCCGCAUAUACUCUCGUGAAGAACUGUCCAUGACUUCCACUGAGGCCAGCCUCUCCCCUUAAGCAGUAGAUCUCCCAAUUCCAAAAACAAUUCCCAGUUUCCUGGCGUCUUCCCCACCUUAACUCCAUCCUUCCAGCCACCCAGGCAGAUAAUCUUAGCAUCCUGCUUGGCGGUUUCUUUCACAGGCUACAUCCAGCUAAUCAGCAAAUCCCAUCAGCUUUAACAUUGAGACUAGUCUCUAAGCCAGUGGUCCCCAACAGUUUUGGCACCAGGACCGGUUUUGUGGAAGACAAUUUUUCCACGGACGGGGGCGGCAGGAGGUCGGGGUGUGGGAGAUGGUUCAGGCUGCUGUAAUGCGAGCGAUGGGGCGUGGCAGAUGACGCUUCCAUCACUUGUCCACCGCUCACCGCCUGCUGCGUGGCCCAGUUGCUAACAGGCUGCGGACUGGAACCUGGGUUGGGGACCCCUGCUCUAAACUUCUCAUUGCAUUCACUUACCACCUGGCCCAAGGCCCACCAUUUCUCACCUAAAUUAUAGCAGUUGCCUCUAAACUAAUUUCCCUGCUUCAGCCUUUGCUCCCCACUCUCAUCCCUGGUCCCAACAGUGUCUGCUCAACACAGUAGCCUGCAUGGCACUCCUCUGCUCAAAACCCAGGCUUCCUGUCUCACAAUGAAGGCUCCGAUCCCCUCGCCUCAUUCAGUCACCCUCCUCCUCACCUACUCUGCCGCAGCCACUGUGGCAUUCCGAGUCUUUACAGCUUUCCGGGCACUUUCACACGUGUUCUUCCCUCUUUAAACCUCUUCCUCCAGACACCUGCCUCGCUCAUUCCCUCUGCUCGUUCAGGACUUCACAGAUCACUUCUGUGCUGUCUUCCCUGAUUAUUUUAUUUUAUUUUUUUAAAUGCUCCAUAACUUCGGAGUCUUUGCCCUUGCUGGGCCCUCUCCCUGGGAUGCUCUUCCCAUGUGUGGCUCCACGGUUAUCUUCUAAAGGUCUUCCUUGUGUGAAUUAGAUCCUCCUCUGACUGCCAGCGACACAACGAGGACGGCUUGCCCUCCCAGCACUCUAGGCAAGAUUCCAUUUGCUAAGUUUGAAUCUUUCAAGUAGGGCCCCAGUAAGGGUCCUUCCCCACUCCACACACGCCGCCUGCUCCCCCCAACCCCGGUGUCCUUCAAGUCAAUUGAAGGAGACCGAGUGCCGUUCAGAAGCAAAGGGAAGCUUCCUUCCUUGAUGUAACAACAGACAGGUGCCAGCUCCCGGUCCAGAGCCUGACUGUGCUUAUUCGACAUUGCAGCCCCGCUCUCCGUACCCAGAGCGCUCGCCUCUGCUUGCGCUUCCUGUAAAGGGCUCAGAAUGAACUAGCAUACUAUAAUUUAAUUGUUUAUCUUUUAAUUGUUUUAUCUUUUAAUUGUUUAUCUUUUAUCCCUUGAGCAGUUAUCUAGUCCCUUGAGCAGUAUCUAGUACGGAGUUGGUACUCAAUAAAUAUCUGUUCAGUGAAAGGCAAAAUGAAUGGCAAGUUCUCUGUAUUUUAUGCGCCUUUACGGUAGCUUUUUGCCAAAAUGAGUGGCCAGUUCUCUGUAUUUUAUGCACCUUUAGGUAGCUUCACUGGUGAUGACUCCCUCCUUGAAACUUUUCUCUAGGCUUCCGUGACCCUGAACUCAUGCGAUUUUCUACUUACCUCAUUGGUCACUUCUGUGGUUCUUGAAUACUUUUCGUCUCUCAGAUGACUAAUUGUUGGAGGGCCUCGGGACUCUCUGCCCUUAACGGUAUUCUCCAGCUACACGUUUUUCCCAGGAAAUCUCAUUCAGCACCAUAGCUUCAAACACUAUCUAUGUGCUGAUGACUCACAGUGUUUUAUCUCUAGCCCAGAUGUCUCCCUUACAUUCCAGACGUAUCUCUCCACCUCCUAGCCUCACCCGUUGGCUGUCUAAUAGGCAUCUGAAACGUACCUUGGCCCAAAACAGUGCCACUGAUUUUUCUUCUGUAUGAGCCAUUAUCUGCCCCCUCUCAGCCCCAAACAUUUUCUGAAUGAGUAUGCCAAACCUCUUUGAGACAGACCUCUGUCUUGUUCACUACAACCAAGAAAAAUGCCUGACACAUUGUAAGCACUUCGUAAAUAUGUGUUUUCUGGGUUCUUGGUGAAGGUUCCUCUACUGGGGAAAAAUAGCUUUGGUCACUUCUGCUUAACCUCUUUUUCUUAAGAUGGAGCUAAUGAAAGAGAUAAAGUAUGUGAAGGAACAAACCGCAGGGCUUGACCCAUAGUAGUUAUUCAAUAAAUAUUAAUUACCUUCCUUUCUAUAAGUCCCAUUUAAUCCUCCUGAGAGGGUUUCGAAGUAUUAUCCCAUUUUUUUAGAUGAGGAAAUUAAGCUCAGAUAGGAAUAAUAUGUAGAAUUUAAGAGAAAGGAUGUAAACUGCUUACCACAGUGCCUAUCAUAUACUAGAAGUGCAUUCAAACUAUAAAGUUCCUUUCCUAAACACCCCUCACUUAGCUACCCUCGCGGUAAUUGUAAUGCAGGUAAGUCAUUUAAGCUGUGCUGUAGUACAGCCUGUCUCCGACUGUAUUUUUUUUUUUUUUUACUACUAUACACACCGAAAAGAUGAGCAAAACCUGAUUUAGAGGUGGGGGGGACAGGUAGCUGGUGGAAGUCUGUAUCUCCUAGUUAGUUGUUGUUGUUAAAGAAGAAUAUGAUCCCUAUAAUGUGAUUGUUAGAAGCUGAGGUCCAAAGGUGAUACACAUACUGCUCAGGGAGGGCUUAUUCUCAGCGUCUGGCACAUGCGUGUUCAGUGAAUAUUUGUGGAAGGGAGCAAUAGACAUUCUUUGCAUGCCCUUAUGACUGUUUUUCUCUCAAUUAUCCCCACUUCUUUAAAUAAGGAGGGGAAAGGUGGGUUAUGAAUGAAAGAUUAAACUGGUAAGAGAUCUAAAUCAAACACUUUUAUUUCAUUAAGUGCAGGACAUUCCAUUCACUCCCAGAUUGAAUAAGGAAUUAACAUUUCAGUCAAGAGUAUAUUAUUCGUUUCUCAAAUGAUUUUAGAGCCUUCUGGUCCAACCCAGCUCUCUUUUGUGAGAAGCAACUCAAAAUACUAUAGUUCCCCAAAGAAUGUCCCAAACAAUCAGAACAGUAAAGUCAUAACCUUAAGGAGAGUUUCAUCUUA